CAAUUAUUGCCUGUUUCACAUGCCUCUUGCUCGAUGAAUAUAUAUCGACGUUGUUCGAUCUGUUUUGGCAAUCGGUUGCUCGGUUACAGCUUUCUCGGUCUUUCUUUCACGAGAAAGUAUUUCUUUUACCUUCUGGUUUGCCUCCCACUGACAGAUUGGUUUUUACAGAGAGGUCGAGGUCUUGUUAUUGAGGAUUUUUGGUCGUGAGUUGCCUACUCUUUAUUAGACUUGUGGGUUCUUGAUCUCGAAGGAAUGGGGGCUACAAACUCAAGGAUUGAAGAAGACAAGGCCCUUACACUAUGUAGAGAGAGGAAGAGGCUUGUGAGACAGGCUCUGGACGAAAGAUGCUCACUUGCAGCUGCUCAUGUUUCUUAUAUUAGGUCCCUCAGAGAGACUGGAAUUGCACUUCGAGAAUUUGUAGAGACUGAAGCUCCCAAUGAGUCUUCCCAUUUUACACCAACAUCUGCAACACCUGAGCCUCUUGCUCUGACUGAUACUCCGAAGCACAUUGUGUCACAAUCAGAUGAAAUUCCAUCCUCUGAAACUCCCCCCACACAUUCUGGGACAACAUGGGAUUUUUUUUCCCCUUCUCAUCCUAUUGACAACCAGCUUUCAUUUCAAAAUGGGAGAGGAUUGAACCGUGGCUUUGAUAAUGCUGAUGAAAUCAGACGCCUCAGGGAAGAGGAGGGCAUUCCAGAACUGGAAGAAGAUGGAGACAGAGCCUCCACAAAUGAAGAGAAUGACUUGGACUCAGAAGAUGAUUUUGACCACCCAUCCAGUGAACCCUUAGUACAAAUGUUUGAAAAUCGAAAUCUCAUUUCAGAACAUCUAUUAAAAAGCGAGUCCGCAGCCAUUCAAUCUGAGAAAGAUAUUGUUUCUGAAACUAAACAUCAAAAUGGGGAUGAUAUGAAGCUCACAAAUGAUAUCAGUGAGACCGAUGAAAUGACGCCAACAAAGGCAGCAUCUUAUAUAGUCGCAAUUUCUAUGAAUGGAAAGGGCAAAGAAACUGAUCCAGAAACUAAGAAUGAGGCAAGAGAUCUUUUGUCAUGCAUGUUAGAAAUUGCAGAUCUAUUUCUGAAAGCUUCUGAAUCUGGUAAAGAAAUUCCAAUGAUGCUGGAGGCAAACAAAGUGCAAUUUCGACCUUUAUUUGCUGAAGAAAAAGCUCACGCAUCGAAGGUAUCUGCAUUCAUCAUGAGCUACUUUGCUUGUUGUAAAGAAGAAACACCUCAUCCUCAGGUUUCUGCUACAAAUGAGGUGAAGUACUUAACAUGGCAUAGUUCAGUGUCAUCACUCUCCUCAUCAUCCAGGAAUUUUCUUGGUACAACAAUGAAAGAUGAUACAGAGGAACCAAGCAGUAAUCUCUUCAAUAGCAUAUGCAUGAAUUCAGGUAGCCAUGCCUCGACAUUAGAUAGGCUAUACGCAUGGGAAAGAAAACUUUAUGAUGAAAUUAAGGCAUGUGGUAUUUUACGGAGGGAUUAUGGCAUGAAGUGUAGGCUGUUGAGGCAUAGAGAGUCCCAAGGAGAAAAUCGAAUAAAAAUUGAUAAAUCACGUGCUGCUGUUAAGGACCUUCAUUCGAGAAUUCAUGUCGCAAUCCAGAGUAUCGAUUCAAUAUCAAAGAAAAUAGAGGGGAUAAGGGACAAGGAGCUCCAACCACAGUUGGAGGAGUUAAUUGGAGGCUUAACUAAAAUGUGGAGAACGAUGCUCGACUAUCACAACCGUCAGUACAACAUUAUCAUGUCAGUUAGCGACAAUGGGAACACCAAAGUUUCAGUUAGGUCCGAGUCGCAGCAUCAGGCCGCUGACCUCGAGUUUGAGCUGAAUGCACUGAGUUCAAAUUUCACAGGAUGGAUGUCAGCACACAAAUCCUAUGUUCAAGCAAUCAAUGGAUGGCUUCUCAAGUGCAUAGACUCAACAGUAAAACAGAACAAGUCAUCUAGAAGAAAGGCCCAGCGGUUCUCUCUGAAAAUAGACUUGGCUCCCCCCAUCUUUGUUACUUGCCAAAAUUGGUUGGAUCUACUAGAAGUACUGUCGACUGAGGGCGUGGUUUCUGCUGUAAAAGAUCUGGUAAAUGCGACGACCCAUUUCUUGCCUCACCAAGAGAAGGGUCAUGGGACUUCAAAGUCAUCUUUCUCGUUGCCGCGGAAUGAUGAAUCAGGAGAACAUGUUCUUGCAAAUGAUCCCUCUGUUGAUUGGAGUCUGAAUUAUGACCACCUGCAAUCAGCCCUCAAAAUCUUCUUGGAUAGCCUGAAGGCUUUUGCAGCGUCAUCGGUUUCAAAGUAUGAAGCUCUCCAGGUAUCGAUUAAAAAAGCUAAAGAGCUUUAUGAAGGAAAAGCAGAAAAGCAGGUUUAGGGAAUAAAAUCAGCCAUGUCUUCGGCCACAAAACAUCAUAGUGUUGGUGAUAAAACCACCUUAAUAAAUAAGUUGGUGGAAUGAAGCUUUUGAAGUAUAUAUAUAUAUAUAUAUAUAUAUAUAUAUAUAUAUAUAUAUAUAUAUAUAUAUAUAUAUAUAUAUAUUGGAGGGUGCCUUGUACAUCUUUUUUGGGAAUAAAGGGGCUGUUAAUGGUGUUCAUGUAAGUAGGAUUUAGCCGUAUGCAGAUGAUUUAUGUACAAUGUAAUGAAGGUUAGCUGGAAUUAGGAAAUGCAAGGCAAGAGGUUAUUAAUACAGUUUACCAGAUGUUCCGAUGAUGAUGAGUGAAGAACCAUCAUGAUGAGAUUAUCAAGUUAUACUGCAAAGCUUAUCUUUCAAACGAUGUUUAUGCUUACUUACUGGAUUUGGAUUGAGAAGGGCCAGCUGGCAUGUGAUUCAUAACAUAGAUUCUGUCUUUCUCUCUCUCUCUCUCUCUCGAGUAAUACUGCAAUGCUUGUCUUCAAAAAGAUGUUUAUGCUACUUGUUGGACUUGAACUGAGAAGGGCCAGCUUGCUGGCAUGUGAAUCACAACAUAUAUGCUGUGUUUUAUCA